AUGCUAGAGGAACGGAGUCAGUCGCCCGGCUUCCACCUGAAAGGUCGACUGGGCAGCCGAGAAACCUUCAGCGCCAGCUUCGCGGACUCCGACAUCUUCGGCAGCCGGGACGAGGACGACGACGUUUCCGCGGGCUGCCCGGGGUCCUUCUCCCGCGGGAGCAGCUCCAGGUAUUCCUUCAGCUCCGAGCUGACCUCGGAGAUGGAGGAGGCGUUCGAGCAGCUGGGUCAGUGGCUGGAGGCGUCGAAGGCCGAGGACAAGGAGGUCUGCGAGGGGAUGAGCGAGGACCUGCAACGACGGGGGAACGAGGCGGGGCUCAAGAGGACGAUGAGCGACUCCCUCGCCGCCCUGCCUGGAACCCGCGACUCGGGUGGCGAAUCAUUCCACAGGUCGUUUGAACGGCUUUCGGCGAAAAAAAGUGGAUGA